AUGUUUGUCGGCUUUUUUGUAAUCUUUAAGCUGGACCUUUGUUCAUUAACCAUUCAGCUUGCUAAGGACAAACCAAAUGUGGCAGCAGUUAAUGAGAACGGCUGGGAACGUGAUGGCGCGUCGUUGGCGGUCUUCGUAAACGGGACGAAGGUCGUUGAUCUUUGGGGUGGUUACGCAGACCACGAGGCAGGAAGGAAAUGGAAGCAGGAUACGAUGUCAGUCACAUUUUCUGCGACAAAAGCAGUUACGGCUGUUUGUGUCGCAGUGUUGGUAGAACGUGGACGUCUUCGUUACGAUGACCUUAUCUCGAUCCAUUGGCCUGGAUUCGCCAAGAACGGAAAAGAAAACGUUACUGUGCAAAUGGCACUUUCUCAUGAGGCAGGACUUGGCUACUUGGACACUCCAAUAACUGAGGAAAUUGCCGCGGACCACAACAAAAUGAGGGAGAUACUGGAGAAUGAGACUCCAAAGUGGGAGCCAGGGCGGAAGAAUGGUUAUCACCCUUACACUUUCGGAUGGAUUGUGGAUCAAAUUGUACGCCAUGUGGACGAGAAACAACGUGGAAUUGGACAGUUUCUUAGGGAGGAGAUAACAGAACCGUAUGGUAUGGGACGUGAAUUCUUGUACUUUAUUGGCUUCACGGUCACAAAAGAGCAUCGGGUGGCUAGGAUUACAGUCCCGACUCUAUGGGAGAGAAUGAGCGAAUUAUUUUACGACUGGAGAGUGUAUAAGUAUUUCCUCGCGUUUUGGAAACUUAUCAGAGAUACACCUCUUUCUCGAGCUGUCAACAAUCCAUCGUGGCUGAAAGCAGUGGACAAAUGCACAAUGAACAAUCCCGAAUACCAUCGUCUGGAGCAGGCUGCCGCGCUUGGAAUUGGAAAUGCACGAUCUCUGGCUGCGCUUUUUGAUCUGGUGAUCUCAGAAAAGCUCAUAAGCCAGAAGGUGUUGAAACAAUUACAACAUCAUUAUAACAAUGAUACUGACUUAAUUUUUGAAGAUACAAUUGCGAAAGGACACGGCUUUAUGUACCUCCCUCUUCACCGAGCUGGGACAGAAUUUUUGGUCGGACACCCAGGCCACGGAUGUCAGCAAGUUGCAUACGAUCUGAAGAACAAAGUAACAAUUGCGUAUGUGAGUAACGGACUAAAAACUGGUCUUUACAAUUUAUGCCGAACGUACAGCCGACUGCAGAACUCCAUCUACGAUAUAGUUGAAUCACGUUUAAAUAGUCGUCAAUCUCCUAGCAAUUGA